GGAGAUCAACUCGACUCUUCGCUGUCUUACAGAAAUCCAUUACCUCUCUCCCCACAUUUUCCUUCACUUUACCGGGAAAAUAGGCGAGAAAAUAAAAAUCAGUGGUGAAAUUAAAGAGAAUGUACUCAGCGAUUCAUUCAUCGCUUCCUCUAGAUGGCAACUUGGGAGAGUACUCUGACGGAACUAAUCUUCCCAUCGACGCUUGUUUGGUCCUAACCACUGACCCUAAGCCUCGUCUUCGUUGGACCUCUGAGCUCCAUGAAAGAUUCGUUGACGCCGUCACUCAGCUCGGUGGACCAGACAAAGCAACGCCAAAAACUAUAAUGAGAACAAUGGGAGUGAAGGGUCUCACUCUUUACCAUCUCAAAUCUCAUCUUCAGAAAUUUCGUCUAGGGAGGCAAUCUUGCAAAGAAUCAAUUGACAACUCUAAGGAUGUUUCUUGUGUUGCGGAGAGUCAGGACACGGGUUCAUCGUCAACAUCUUCGUUAAGAAUGGCUGCGCAGGAACAGAAUGAGAGUUAUCAGGUCACUGAAGCUUUGCGUGCUCAGAUGGAAGUCCAAAGAAGACUACAUGAGCAAUUAGAGUAUGCGCAGGUGCAAAGGCGACUCCAGCUAAGGAUCGAGGCACAAGGGAAGUACCUACAAUCAAUUCUAGAGAAAGCUUGCAAGGCUAUAGAGGAACAAGCUGUUGCGUUUGCUGGACUAGAGGCAGCUAGAGAAGAGCUUUCAGAGCUAGCCAUAAAAGUCUCCAUCUCCAAUGGAUGCCAAGGAACAACAAACACCUUCGACACAACCAAAAUGACACUUCCAUCCUUAUCCGAGCUUGCAGUAGCGAUAGAGCACAAGAACAACUGUUCAGCAGAGAGCUCUCUGACUUCCAGCACUGUAGGAAGUCCGGUUUCAGCUGGGUUGAUGAAGAAGAGGCAACGAGGAGUGUUUGGAAACGGAGAUAGUGUGGUUGUUGGUCAUGAAGUUGGAUGGGUUAUGCCUAGUAGUAGCAUUGGAUGAGAGAAAGAGAGAGUGACCAGAUUUUAGCUUAUUUAUUUGCUUUGUUGUUGUAUUUAACUCAAAACUUUGUCAUCAAACCUCUCUGUCUUAACCUCUAUGUAUAUAUUUGUUGAAGCAUGUAGUGUCUCCUUUAAUUUUGAGUAAGUUUAUGAACCAAUUUGUUUAUUUUA